CAAUAUAUGCCAGCUUUCCUGAUUUAUGCCAACUUUGCACUGGUGUAAUUCCAUUGAAGUUAAUGGAGUAACUUUUGAUUGAUCCAGGUGCAAUAGAGAGAGCCAUGUUUUGUAAGUCCCUAGGUCUGAUUUUUAUACAGCAACUAUCAGCAUAUAAUAAGUGUUAUACAAAUAAUAUGCAAGUAUACAUAACAAUCAAAAAUAAACCUGGCUAAAUAAUAAAAGAUGUUACUGUUGUUCAUGCAUUUGCUUUAUGUUAGAGAAAGUUAAACUGCUGUGAGUUAUUGCUGUAGUAUUUAAUUAUAAGAGGCCCGUCCUAAGGUCCUCAUUCAGUGUUUGUCAUAGCCUGGCAAAACAUUUACCUCCUGUGAGUUAUGCCUGAGUAGUGACUGUAGACUUUGGACCAGAGGUACCCACCGCGCCGGGCAGUAGUAAGAAAUCAUGGUGCCAUUUAAAGGAAGCAUCCCCCGUUCUUGACAAAUGACGGAUUUCGACAGAUCAGGGUUCCCCACUGAGGAGAGACAUGCAGUAAACGCUGGUGCUUCCUAGCCAGGAGCGACACUCCUUCAUGCCACACAAUAUUGCACGGCAGAAAAGAAAAACCCCGCAGAGAACAGGAAAUGCAGACCAUCCUCUGCCUCCUCACGGGAUUUGUCCUCCUGGGCGUGACCAGCACGGAGCAUUUUGCCCGGUCAGGCCGCAGAGUGUGCACCGCGGCGGUGCAGAACCGAGCCGUGCCGUACGUGGAGUCCUACGUGCAGCCCGUCUACCAGCCCUACCUCACGACGUGCCAGGGAUACCGGCUCUGCAGUACGUACAGAACCACAUACAAGGUUGCCUAUCGCCAGGCCUUCCAGAGACUUUCCCAGCCCGUGUAUAUGUGCUGCCCCGGAUGGAGACGAGCAAGCGCCCACGCGGUCGGAUGCAGCAAAGCAAUUUGCAGGUUGCCGUGUCAACACGGUGGGAGCUGUUCAGCCCCAGACAGAUGCACCUGCCCCGCAGGGUGGAUGGGGAAAUCCUGCCAGACAGAUGUGGAUGAAUGCGCCGGCCGGAGUCACGGCUGCAGCCAGCAUUGUGUCAACACUCCGGGGAGCUAUCGCUGCGCCUGUCCGUCUGGGCAAAGGCUCAGCCCCAACGGGAAAUCAUGCCACGCUCUGCAGCCACCCCCUGGGACAGAGGUCGCUGCCUCCCCUGCCCUCAACCACUCAGGUGUCUCCGGUGAAACGAGGGGAGAAAUACAGGCCCUGAGGAGCCGGGUGGAGGCGCUGGAGCAGAAACUCCAGCUGGUGUUGGCUCCAUUCCAUAACUUCGUGCCAUCGGCAGCAGAUGACGCCAGCACGGACCCCAUCCGCCUGCUGAUUCACUCCCUGCGGCAGCUGGAUAGAAUUGACUCCCUGAGCGAUCAGAUCGCCUUCCUGGAGGAGCGGCUGGAGACAUGUUCAUGUAAGAACGAACGUUAAUGAGAAGAGGUGCAGCACUUCCCGGUGGGACCAGAGAGCGUCGAUAACCGUGCAUGUCCUGUCUCAGCACUGCUGGAUUCAGCCUGAAGGAAGAUACCACAAGGCCUUGAGGACAGCCUGGGAUGGAGGCGCAUAGUUUAUCUUGAUCUGAAGAGGCCCAGUGUGUUUUUCAAAAAACUGAGCCUCUCCCAGAAGGCUUUUAAAGCAGCUUUAUGUUUUGCCCUCACAGCCAAGUUGUACGAGAUGCUCAGGGUUGUAACACUUUCUUCCCAGCAUCGGUCCAGCUGGCCCCACCCCAGAGACUUACUAAAAGCAAAACCAUGUGGUGUUUAAUUGUUGGCCUGGUCUUUCACCUAACUCAGUCAGAAACAAAUUAACUGUGUGGUACAGCCGUACGAGAUGAGCUGUAGGUGCAGCAGCUUGUUUAGUGUAGAAGUCUGAGAUCUUAAGGGGGAAGAGCCUAUAACAUCAGGACUCUCCUGGAGGGAGUUUUGCCUAACCCAGCUUUGCUUCACUGUUAGAUCAGGGGAUGGAGAGAUAGUUUAGGAGCAGAAUUCAGCCCUCCUUUCCCACCUGUUCCUUUUGAUAAGGGCCCGAAACCCAAACAGAUUCCAACUCAAGUCUGGUCUCUAGAAUUCUCCUCUUGACAGAGCUAGCGCAUGUUCUCCUGUUGAACAGUGAGAGCACAUAAGGGGAGGGAGAAUCCUUUUGCUUCUUAAACAUUAGCUUCAUUCACACAAUGAAACCUGGCACACUGCCUUGUGAUGAGAACUAGCCACGCCGACUAGUUAACCAGGAGGGGCAAUAUCACUUUAGUGAAAGUAGGAAUGGAGUCACCUGGGUGUGAGCUAAAGCUGCAGGGCUCCCACCUCAGUUGCACGGUUCUCUCCAAGCUAGAAGGAUCCCAGCUGGCUCUACAGAACUAACAGCUUCACUCAGGGGUGGGCAAUAAUUUCUGAUGGGACACACCCCAACAUUUUGGGACCUGGUCAAGGGCUGCACUUUAUGGCACAGCUUUGGGAUCUGGGGUGAGAGGCUGGGUGCAGACGGGAGCUCAGGGUAGGGGACUGGGGCAAAGGAGGAGGUUGGGACCUAGGGCAGGGGAAUGGGGUGCAGGGUCCAGGAGGGGGUAUGGAGGCAGGAGAAGGAUGCUGGCUAGGAGAGGGGUGCAGGAAGAAGUGGUGAGGGUGGGAGGCAUUUCCAAACAUCUCCCAGUUAGCAGCACUCUCAGGCAGCCAGCCCUCUCUUCCCUCCUUCUCUCUCCUCCCCCCCCAGCAGUCUCAGACAGGUGCCUGGCUGUGCUGGAAGGAGGGGAGGAAGGCAGAGGGUUCAGCAUACUGCCCCUACUCCCAGCAAAAUUUCUCAUUGACCAGGUUUCCAGCCAAUAGGAACUAAGGGUGCCGUGCAAAAAGCCACAGGGAGCAGCCAGCUGCUUUCAUUGGCCCUGCUCCCUGCCACAGGGGCCGGCCAGAGCCCACCCCGUAAGACUUAGGCCUGCUGGCUCCAGCUGUUCGCAAGUAGGAAAGUCAUGCACCUUCUAUCAGCCAAGCACUCUGUAGGGUGGUGCUGUUUCUGCAUUAAAGUUACGUGCUGUGCGGCUCGGCUGGUUAUCAGUGUUAACACAGGCAGGGCCGGGCUGAACCGAGCCAAUACACUGAGCCAUGGAGGAAGCCCCAUGCAGUCCCAUGGGGUAGGGAUGUUAUUCUACCCUCUGUCAGCACUUCUCAGGGGAGCCUCCCCUUCCCUGCCUCAGGCACAGCUGAAGUUGAUGGAGAGCCUAGCAGCUGUGGGUUACUGCAGCUUGAUUGAAAUGCAAAGCCAAACCCCGCAGUAGGAAGAAGCAGGUGAAGAUGGCGUAGGCAGGAGUAGGGGAGAGACAGGCACAAGUGAAAUAAAGCCAUGGUAGGCCUGAAGGGGCAGUGUGGCUUAGCAGGAAGCUGGAGGGGGGGGGUGUAUACAGCUGUCUGGGAAACAUAACCACCCCUCCCCACAUCUCCAGCAGCAUGGAAACCCCAGAGCCGAAGGACAGCACGCUGCCAGCUACCGUCUACACCAGCCUGCUGCUCUGGGGAAACAGUAGUAGAGGGGAAGGGCUGGUAAAGGAAGCUAUACAAGGUCAGCAGAUCUUUUCUGUUUGUCGCUCCUGGUGCUAAAUAGGGAGCACAGGGUUCCUUAGGGCUCAGGAGAAGGAAGCCCCUGCUGUCCUCAGGGCUCCAGCCAUGCUUGGAUCAGAAAGCAUUGUAGGCCAAGCAGUACUCAGCCUGCCAGCAUGUGAGUGUACAGCCUCCUCAGAGCCCCCCCCAACUCCAUGGAGCGCCCUGGACCCUAGUUACAACUCAGAUGUGAAUAGAUUGUGUCCAUGGAGGACUCCACACACUACACAGAUGAUCCCUUGCUGCAGAUGUUUGUAACACGUUUUACUUCCCUAGCAUGAGUCAUUCAGUCCUGUGUCUCAACAGGGGCAUGUCACUUGGGUAGCCUCACACAAACGGUCAAGUGCUUCACUGGGGAAGACUAACGAUUUUGUGGGAAAUCGCUGAUCAGAGCAGAAUCUUCUGCAGUGAUCCUCACAGUCAUGCACUCUAGUACUCACACACCUGUCUCCAGCUAGUAAGUGUCAAAUAGCCAUCCCUAUAAGAGAAGGGAAGGGACAGAACACAGCUUUGGUACACAUGGCUCUUCCCCCAUUACCUCACCCUGCUUGCAGGGGCAAAAAUGUAACUAGGGGCAGAUUCGUAAAUACCGAAGGCUAAUUGGACAGUAUUGGGCACACUCCCCCUUCAAAGUAAGCACCUCCUGAGAGCAUGUCUACACUAGGAAAUUUCAAAAGAACUAAAAUUUGAAAACUCAAAAUAAAAUUGAAAUUUCUCCCCACUACACAGGAGCCUUAAAAGUAGUCCAAGGCAGGCCCUGUUAUUGCAGAUGCACUACCUCCACUUAGAGCCCCAGGAAGCACUGGGGAGUAAUUAUCAUAAAUUAGCGUAUAUAACCCACACAAGUAUUACACAGGUGCAAGUAGUACCCAUGGUUUUUCCUGAUUGAGUAAAAAACAUCUUACAUACCCAGCGCAUGUGUAUAGGCCGCAGGAGGUGAACCGCAGGUACUGUUAAAGAUAAUGAAGGUAAUUAACUCUGGCCUCAGGGUCUGAGCUUUUUGCUCAGAAGCAUUUGAGCUCCCAAAUGCUCAACUGCCAAAGCACAGAGUAGACGGCCACAGCCUGACAGGGCAGACAGGCUGGCUCCCCCGGGGUGAGCCGUCUGCCCCACACUGCAUGGGAAGGGAAGGUGACUGGGCUUACCCCUCACACCUUCUCCAACCUUCCCCAGCUGCCUUCUGCCUGCGCUGUGCACUCCCCUGGGGUGAGCUGUCUGCCCCAGGCAGCCAAAGCUGAGCAAAGGAGCUGUGUCCUUAAAGCCGUGUCCUUAAAGCCACGUCACGGAAAGCCAGCCACAUUCAGACAGAUGCAACAGAGGGAAGAAAGGUCGCUGGGUAUUUCUACAGCAGGGGAAUCUCCUCUCCCUCCCCACAGUUGAUUACCUCUUCCCUGAAUUCUCAUCCGCCUCUGCUCUGCCUGCUUGGUCCCUUCCCGUGACUGCUGCAACACACAUACACACACACACACACUAGCCUGUGUGUGUGUGUGGGGGGGGGGGUUGCAAAACUUUGCGUAACCUGCGGGUUCUGCCCCAGAGUACCAUGUUUUAACAUAUAGUUAUUUCAAAACGGGCCCGUCCACACUAACACUGUUUCAAAAUUAGCAUAUUCCUUGUUUA